GCAUUCCGUCAUAUCUGCGUGUUUGUCGAAAUCGAAGUAGCUUUGACUUACUUUUUGUUACUACUUGGAUAAUCACCCCAUAAAUAGGGUUGUUCCCUGUUCCAUUUUGUUUCAGGAUUAAGACAAUUUCACAAAAACAUGAAUCAUUCAAAAAGAACCUUUGUAUUGGCACAAAUGGCAGUCAGGCAUUUUAGUAGGACAGCCCCACAGAAUGCAGAAACUGUAACACCCAAAUUUCAACGGCUAAAGGAAGUUCAGAAGAAAUUUGGGGCUGAAGAUAACGUUCCAGUAUAUCUCAAAGGCGGCUUAUUUGAUAAGCUCCUCUAUCAAGCUACCGUGAUAGUCACUCUAGCAGGACUUGGCUUAUCUUUCCAAACAUUCUACGACUUAACGAAAAAGUAAAGUACUUACACUAUAUGUAGUCAAUGAGCUGUUACCUACUAGUUUCAACAAUAAAACUUAAUUAAAACUUC